CAGUAUACUGUGAGCAAUGGAAAUAACAAAAUGUGAAAAAAACAUAUAAUUUUGUUAACAAUGGAAAAUGAUCGUCUAGCGAUCGUUUAUGUUGCAAAUGAAGAAAAGGAAUUACCUCUUACAAUUACUUAUGGUCAAACAAUUGAAGAUCUUUGUAUCAAGGUAAAGUAUUUGAAAACUAUUUUCUUGUUAUUUUAUUCUUUAUUAUUUUAGGGUCCCGUAGCCAGACAUCUCUUUGCUCUUAGAAAUCAUUAUACAAAACUUUGGUAUCCAUUAGCACAUUAUUUAGAAGUAAAAGAAAAAAACAAAUUUGACUUUAGACUGAGAUUCAAACCUCCAAGUUUACGCAGAUUGAAACAAAUUGAUGUCAAUGCCUAUGAUUAUUAUUUUCAACAAGCACGUUCAGAUGUUAUGGAUAAUAAAGUGCCAGAUAUUGUUUAUGAGAGGCAUAAACAAGAACUAAUUGGGCUUGGAGUAUGCGAUAUGUAUAGGGUAAUGUUAGAAAAAGGAGUACCAAGAGAAACAGUGGAAUCAGAGUACCGAAAAUAUAUUCCUAAAGAAUGUAUAAAACGUCAUGCAUUUUUUAUUAAAAAGCCAAUCCAUAAUGCUCUUCGUAAAAUAUCUGGGUAUGAUGCAAAUUAUGUUAAGGAACAAUAUUUAAAACAAUUUGAAUGCAUGGCACCAAAUUAUCCAUAUGAAGAGUAUGAGGCUUUAAUGGAUAGAGAUCUACAAAAUCCCCCAGCAAAAGUGACUUUAAGAGUCAAUGUAGAUGAAGUGAAAUAUUGUGAAACAAUUGCUACCUCGUGGACUACAUUGUGUGCCAUUGAAGAUUUAUGUUUUGUUUCUAUAAGGCAAGAUAAUACAGUAGAAAUAUCGAGAAAAAAUGGUAUACCUUCAUACCUAAAAUUUUCAAAAAAUACACUUUUAAUGUCCUUUGUUUCUGCAUUGGAUGGUUAUUAUCGUCUAGCAGUUAAAUGGACAUUUAAUUUAUGUGGCGAAAUUGUGACUCCUUCUUUGGAAAGAUUACAUAAAUUAAAAUGUCAUGGUCCUGUUGGACAAGAAUUUUCAUACGCAAAACUUCAACAAAAACGUGCUAAUAAGCCGGGUUCCUAUCUACUUAGAGAAAGUGAAACAGAAUAUAAUGUAUAUUACCUAGAUGCAUGUAAUAAAGAGGGAAAACUAUUUUCAAAAAGGAUAGAAGAAAGAAUUUCAUCGGAUGAUUUCCUCAUUACGGGUGUACCUGGUCGGUACAAUUCGUUGGCACAAUGUGUCGCAUCUUUCCAAGAUCCUAAAGGACAAUCAUAUCUUUCAGAAUGCUUACCACCUUCAGAAUAUGAUAAAUCACCAUUAUUACUUUGUGCUCCUGAAAGUGCAAUUAGUGAAGUUGCAGCAGAUGAAGAAAUUGUUGCUUCAGUUCUGGAAACUGGACCUCGUUGUGUACCUCAAAAUCAGUUAGAGAUUUAUAAACCUUUUUUAAGAACUAUUAGGACUCAGCAGUAUUCACCAACAACUCUUCAUAGAGGAAUUUGGAGAUUAACUAAAGGGAAAAAAUUAGAGGUUGCUCUCAAAAUUUUAAAACAAGAAGAAGAAGCAAAUUAUACAAAAGAAUUUUUAGAACUUGCUGGAAAAUGGUCUCAAUUGCGUUCUGGGACUCUUGUAAGAUUAUAUGGUUUAACAGUAACACCAUCCAUUGGAAUGCUUCUGGAAUUAGUACGACAUGGUUCUCUUGAUGAAUAUUUACGUAGCUCUUCUUCUCAAACUAUCAAAACUGUAGAUAUGGUAGAGGCAACAGCUUGUUUAGCCACUGCUCUCUGGCAUCUUGAAGAAAAUGGUGUAGUUCAUGGUAACAUUAGGUGCAAUAAACUCCUAGUACAUGCUCAUACUAAUAAUAGUUUCAUAGUAAAACUUGCCGAUCCAGGAAUAUUUGUAUAUAGCGAAACAGAUAUUCAUUGGUUACCUCCAGAAACGUAUAAUGAUCCUGAAUUGGCUAGGCACAGUUUUCAAGCAGAUGUUUGGGCUGUUGGAACAACAAUUUGGCAAAUAUUUGCCAGGGGUGCUACAUUGCUAGAAUUUCGAAAUGCUGCUAUUAUGAAAAAAUAUUAUGAAUCUGGCAAACGUUUACCUAUUCCAAAUGGAUGUCCUACAGAAGUUUAUAGACUAAUGCUUGAAUGUUGGGGAGACUCAAGUGGCUCUAGAAAACAACCACAAGCAAUUAUGAGAGAUAUAAAUCAAACUUUAUACCAAGUAUAUAAUUCUCGUAGAAGUCAUGCUUACGCGACGGCAUUCCCUAAAUUAUUUACUUCUGAAUUGAAAAAAUUUGAUCAAGAUAACUCUGAUUCCUGUGACAAUAGAUCAAUAAAUAGUGAGUCAAGAACUAGUAGUCUUUUUACAGACAAUACAAGUCUCCAUUGGAAUGAUACGGAUAAUAGUAUGCAGGGUUUAAUAAAUACCAAUGAAAACUAUGUAGGUAGUACAGAAGACCUAUCUGCAUAUUUAGGUUGGUUAUCUAAUGCAAGAAGAGAUUCAGAAGGUUGUUCAGUCUCUCAAAAUAACAUUCCUAACAUGAAUUGUAUUGAACACUCCACUCAAGCUCUCCGAAUAGGACAUCCUAGUGAUUUAGGCGAGGUAAUAAAUAGUAAUGGUUCUUUAGGUCAAAUGCGAGGCAUUUAUGAAUUGGAUAUUGAUUGCAAUGUUAUUUUACAAGGUAGAAUUGGUCAAGGUUUUUAUGGCGAAGUUUAUAGAGGUACACUGGAAAGAGAAAAUGGAAAAGAUGUUGAACCACAACAGGUUGCUAUAAAAAAGUUAAAAACUAGAGCACUUGAAGCGGAUAUAAGAGAUUUUGAAAGAGAAAUUGCUAUAAUGAAGACCUUGAAACAUCCAAAUGUAGUACAAAUUCUCGGAGUAAUAUCAGAGCCCGAAGUUUGUCUUGUAAUGGAAUAUGUAAAGCAUGGUUCAUUACAGAGUUAUUUAACAAUUCACAAACAGAAAUUGACAUGUAAGAGACUAUUAGGUUUUGCUUUGGAUAUUGCGACAGGGAUGGAUUACUUAGGUAGCAAGAGUAUUGUACACAGAGACCUUGCUGCAAGAAAUAUUUUAGUUGCGGACGAAAAUAAAGUAAAAAUCAGUGAUUUUGGGCUAGCUCAAGUCACUGGAAAAAACGAUUAUUAUAUCUUACAAACUGAUCGUGGCCUUCCUAUUAAAUGGUAUGCUCCAGAAAGUAUUAGAGACGGAAAAUUUUCUACUCGAUCAGAUGUAUGGUCUUUUGGUGUAACGAUGUAUGAAACAUUUGGCUUCGGAGAGGAACCACGUUUACCUGGUCUCGAUUCGAGCACAGAACGUCUUCAGAAUGAACAAGAAAAAGGAAGUACUGAACUAUUAGCUGCACUAGAAAGAGGUACUCGUCUUCCUUGUCCUUCUACCUGUCCACAAGCAAUUUAUGUAAAACUUAUGUAUCCUUGUUGGCAUUUACAAAGCCACCAGAGACCAGAUUUUGCAACUCUUUGCAAAGAUAUUAGAGAUCUUCUUGCUCAAUAUUAA